AUGAGACACAGGCAGGAAAAAGUCUCAACCUUAACAACAUAAUUGGAAAUUCAGGUCCCAUUAUCUCAGUUCACUGCUAAAUCAGGCACCCCUAUUGUCAAUAUUCAUUUCAGCACAAUUCAAUUAUAAUAUUUUUAUUAAUUAAACUCCUAGUAGCUUGGCAUGAGCUUCUGGUAAAGAAGGAUCAUGUAGAGCAGCUGACUGGAAAAAUCAUUAGCAUAGUCAGAUUGCUGGGUUCAUUUAUGCAGCAGUUUAAGGACUCUUGUCUAUUAUCCUUGCCAGAAGACUGCUCUUUGCCUACAAUAACAUCUGUCUGCCUGCCAUUUAUUUGCUGUUGCCAAUGCUCUGACAGCCUGAGCAGCUAGAAAGGGGGCAGCACAGCAAACCUAAUGGGAGCUCACUGCGCAGAACUGCGUUCGGGGUCCUGCCGGCUGCUGCUUCCAGGCGUUUCACGCAUCGGAGGAGCGGAGCUCUCUGUACUUCCCAUGCUCGCACAAUCCUGGCAGCUACGCUCGUCUUCAACAGCCUCUGUCGACAGGCAGUAAUUCCUAACACCAUGGACAGCACACGCGCUCUCCUCCUAACUGCUGCUGUUUGCUUUCUCUGCCAAGGCUGCGGCGGCUCCGAGGCCGAGCACCGGCUCUACACAGCCCUGUUUGAGAGCUACAACCAGUUCGUCCGUCCCGUCAAGAACGUUUCGGACCCUGUCAUCAUCCAGUUCGAGGUGUCCAUGUCCCAGCUGGUGAAGGUGGAUGAAGUCAACCAGAUAAUGGAAACCAACCUGUGGCUGAAGCACAUCUGGAAUGAUUACAAGCUUCGGUGGAAUCCAGCAGACUACGGAGGUGCUGAAUUCAUCCGAGUACCAUCUGGUCAGAUCUGGAAGCCAGAUAUUGUUUUAUAUAACAAUGCAGUUGGGGAUUUCCAGGUCGACGACAAGACAAAGGCCCUAUUAAAAUACACGGGUGAUGUGACCUGGAUACCUCCAGCUAUAUUUAAAAGCUCAUGUAAAAUAGAUGUAACCUACUUCCCAUUCGACUACCAGAACUGCACCAUGAAGUUUGGCUCCUGGUCAUAUGAUAAAGCCAAAAUUGACUUAGUUUUAAUUGGCUCUACAAUGAACCUGAAAGAUUACUGGGAAAGUGGAGAAUGGGCUAUUAUUAAAGCUCCCGGCUAUAAACACGACAUCAAAUACAACUGCUGUGAAGAGAUAUAUACAGACAUCACAUAUUCUCUUUACAUUAGGCGUUUACCUUUAUUUUACACUAUCAAUAUGAUUAUUCCCUGUCUGCUGAUUUCUUUUCUGACUGUAUUAGUCUUCUAUUUGCCUUCGGACUGUGGCGAGAAGGUGACACUCUGCAUAUCCGUCCUUCUAUCUCUAACAGUGUUCCUCCUCGUUAUCACAGAAACCAUACCUUCUACUUCCCUGGUAAUCCCCCUUAUUGGGGAAUACCUCCUUUUCACCAUGAUCUUUGUAACUCUCUCUAUUGUCAUCACAGUAUUCGUACUUAACGUGCACUACAGAACACCCAAGACACACACAAUGCCUGUGUGGGUGAGAACCAUUUUCUUGAACUUACUUCCCAGGAUCAUGUUUAUGACACGGCCUGCCAGUGAUGAAGAGAAUCAUCAGAAGCCAAAGCCAUUUUUCACUUCUGAGUUUUCAAACUUAAAUUGCUUCAACACUUCUGAAACCAAAUGCUGCAAAGAUGGCUUUGUAUGUCAAGAUGUGGCAUGCAGCUGCUGUCAGUAUCAACGCAUGAAGUUCUCGGAUUUCAGUGGCAAUCUCACAAGAAGUUCAAGCUCUGAGUCUGUAGAUCCUCCGUUUUCACUUUCAGUUCUGUCACCAGAAAUGAAAGAUGCUAUUGAAAGUGUUAAAUACAUUGCAGAAAAUAUGAAAAUGCAGAAUGAAGCAAAAGAGAUUCAGGAUGACUGGAAAUACGUUGCCAUGGUAAUCGAUCGUAUUUUUCUAUGGGUUUUCAUCCUGGUAUGUAUUCUAGGAACAGCAGGAUUGUUUUUACAACCCUUGAUGGCUGGAGAUGAAAUGUAAAGAUGAAAUACGUUGUGAAAUCAAAUAAAACUUUUGCGAACCAACUCUACACCCCCCCCCCAGCACCUGAUGUCUCUCCUAUGUGUAGCAGGAUAAGGAUCUCUCUUGGCCUCAAAUUUGCUUGACCAAGAUGGCUUUGUUAAAAAUGUGAAAAUGUGGUGGAAAAAGAAAAUGGAACCUUUAUGACAGCUAAUCUCAAAGUAAUAUGAGCUAUGCCUGACAGCCACUUUUUGCAAUAAUUGGCAAAGGUGCAGGUAGUACAUUAAACUUCAUAGGAAUGGUUUUAAAAAGGGCUUGAUAAAGAAACUGAAAAUUACAUGAAUCUUUGGAAAGUCAAGGCGGGUUGAAGACUUUGAGCUACCAGCUUUGUUUCCAGGAGUCCAGUGCCAAGUCUCUUCAGACAGUGACAGGAUCUUCUGAGAAUAAGUUCACCCUGAGUUCAGUGGAUGCCCUCAUGAAGAUUAAAUGGCUUAGGAAGCAAACAGACCCAAUUGCUAGAAAGCAGACAUUGCCACCUGGUGUAUUAACUGACUGAAACGGCAGGAGGAAAAAGCGAAACAAAUAGAUGAUGGUAAUAAAGCAGCCAUAAACUCUCUGCAUACCUGUAUUUCAACCUAUGAGAAGACUGUCAGGAAAAAAAAAAAAACAACACACCAAGCUAUUCAAAACUAAUGUUUAAAACCGUGCACAAGUAAAACCCACACUAAGAUGCAGUCUGCAAGAUGUGCAAACAAUGAAAAUAUUUUGCUCAGAUAGUUUGGAUACAGAAGCUUCCUGGUAUAGUGAAGUGGUUUAUGAUAAGAGAAGGCGGGCAGAUAGAAAACAGUCCUGUAAAGUGCACUAAAUUGCUUCUUAGGCAUGCCUUUUAUCCAACCUGUAACUGCCGAUAUUUAAGAGCAUGAAUAAAGAAUGCAACAAAAUAUUGUAAUGAGAAAAAUAUUUUGUAAAAAUAUGAACUGUUCUCUCUGUACCAAGCUGGAAGGUUUUUGAAGAUACAGUAUAUCAAGUGAUGUGACGCUUAUGAAAAUAAAGAGUCAAGCUGUUGAAAA